GGCUCUUCACAUGCGUGUCCUGCUUGACUCUAUCCAUUUCCGACCGACGGGGAGGCCGUUGAGCCGAACACUUGAUCAUAUAGUCUAGUAUACUCCGUAUAGCUUGCAGAAUUGGAUCCUUCUUUAUUUACUUAGUCUCUUUGUUCAUCCAGCGCCCCCUCAUUGACAGAAUAGGUCGAUUACUCCCUUUCUCCUCCUCCUCCUCCUCCUCCUCCUCCUCCUCCUCUUCCCUCUUCUUCAUCACGAACCAUGCCCGACGACCAGAAGCGGGGCAGCAGUGACGACAAACCCGCCAUCCCUCACCGCAAAGAGCCCGAGCCCAAACCAUCCGCCGGGGCCAGCGCAGACGGGCAGGAGGGCCGCUCGUUAGCCAGUCGCAUACAGGAUUCUGCAGCCGGACUCGCAAAGAAUGUCUUUUCCCCCUCCGCCCCGCCUUCUGCAGAGACCGCUCAAUUGCUGGCCGGCAGUGGGAAAGCCUCCUCCUCUUCCUCCACCUCCUUCUCCGCCUCACAGUCCGCCCUAGCGGCCGCGCAACAAUACCACGACACCACCCGCUCUAGCUCUUCACGGGCUGAACAGUCCACGCAAUCCCAAACAUUCCGUUCAUCGUCUCCCGCUCGAGUCGGAGGGUUCGAGCUCCCUUCGCUCGCGGAAGAUGAAUUCCAGCGCACAUAUGGGGAGACAUCCCUCGACAGUAACGAUGGAAUGUACCUUGCAGCAGCAGCAGCAGCAGCAACCGCACCCGCAGCAGCGGGAUUAAGCACAGUGGACAGGGAUAAAGGCAAGGGGAGAUGGACACGCAGCGACGAUUCACACAUCGGCGAGGGGGGAGGUUCGUCUUUGGAGGAAAUUGAACAAGGCAGAAGAGCGGCGGCCGAUUCCUCCGACGGCGCGGCUGUAGUCUCCCUCCUCUCCGACUCGACCUUCGACCCCAACUUCCCUGCCUCUGCCGACGAACCAGCGGACAUCAUCGAGACGGACCUCUCCGCGCCCGUCCAGCUCACCCCGGCAGAGAUCCAGAUCAUCGAAUCCUUCCGUCGCGCGCUCCCCGCGAGCAGCAGCAGCGGCGGCGGCGGCAGCAGCAGCAGCACGAACCACUUGAACCCGCGUAGCCUCGUGCCAGACAUCGGCAGUUUCUUGGAGACCGUUCCGUCGACCACCAACUCGGAGGCAGUGGUCCUACGCGACGCGGUCCUGACGGGGCUACCAGGCGCAGCGGACUGGCUCACGGUCGAAGAGCGCUAUCACGACGAGGUCUGGGGGUAUCUGCAGCCUACGCUGGAAGCCGCCCAGCAGGAAAUGCAGUCCACGAAGAAGAAUGAGCUGAACGGUGAACCUGUGGACGAAGGACCUGCGGUGCGACGAUUGAGGAUGAUACUGAAGCAUAUGCAGACGGGUCCAGCGUAGCGUAGCGUAUAUCUCGGACUAUGGGAAAUAGCCUUACCUAGGUGAUGAUUAUGAAUAUAUCCGCAGACAGUGAAGCUACCGUGCGACUUGGGCUGCGUAAGUAGAGUACAAUGUAGAGCCACCAGUACAAGCUAAC